GAAGAGUCCAGCAGCAGCAGAGGAUUAGGAGAGACUACCAAGAAGCAGUGCUCUCUCCUAACUGGUCAACACCAUGGUUCAGCUUCAAGUCUUCAUUUCAGGCCUCCUGCUGCUUCUCCCAGGCUCUGUAGAUUCUUAUGAAGUAGUGAAGGGGGUGGUGGGUCACCCUGUCACAAUUCCAUGUACUUACUCAACACAUAGAGGAAUCACAACGACAUGUUGGGGCCGGGGGCAAUGCCCAUAUUCUAGUUGUCAAAAUAUACUUAUUUGGACCAAUGGAUACCGCGUCACCUAUCGGAGCAGCGGUCGAUACAACAUAAAGGGGCGUAUUUCAGAAGGAGACGUAUCCUUGACAAUAGAGAACUCUGUUGAGCGUGAUAGUGGUCUGUAUUGUUGCCGAGUGGAGAUUCCUGGAUGGUUCAACGAUCUGAAAAUGACCUUUCAAUUGGAAGUUAAACCAGAAAUUCCCACAAGUCCUCCAACAAGACCCACAACCACAAGGCCCACAACCACAAGGGCCACAACUACCAGACCCACGACUAUUUCAACAAGAUCCACACAUGUGCCAACAUCAACCAGAGUGUCCACCUCUACUCCAACACCUGAACACCUGCAGACUCACAAACCAGAAAUCACUACAUUUUAUGCCCAUGAGACAACUGCUGAGGUGACAGAAACUCCAUCAUAUACUCCUGCAGACUGGAAUGACACUGUGACAUCCUCAGAGGAGGCCUGGAAUAAUCACACUGUAAGAAUCCCUUUGAGGAAGCCACAGAGAAACCCGACUAAGGGCUUCUAUGUUGGCAUGUCCGUUGCAGCCCUGCUGCUGCUGCUGCUUGCAAGCACCGUGGUUGUCACCAGGUACAUCAUUAUAAAAAAGAAGAUGGGCUCUCUGAGCUUUGUUGCCUUCCAUGUCGAUAAGAGUAGAGCUUUGCAGAACGCAGCGAUUGUACAUCCCCGAGCUGAAGACAACAUCUACAUUAUUGAAGACAGAUCUCGAGGUGCAGAAUGAGUCCCAGAGGCCUUCUGCAGGGCCUUCUGCCUGGGAUUACACAGAUCGUGACUGAUUUCAAGAGUAAAACACCCAUUCCAGCUCCUGGGAGAUUUUCUGUGUUGGUUCUUCCAGCUGCAGUGGAAAGGGUAACCCUCUACCGUGUAUACGCAAAACUCGAGGUUAACAUCAUCCUAAUUCUUGUAUCAGCACCACUUCAGUGUCUCCACUCACUGCAGCGAUUCUCUCAAAUGUGAACAUUUUAGAAGUUUGUGUUUCCUUUCAUCCAUGUAAUCAUUGGUAAUACAAGAAUCCUAUCUUGUUUAUUAAAACCAUUAAUGAGAGGGGAAUAGGAAUUAAAAGCUGGUGGGAAGGGCCUCCUGAAUUUAGAAGCACUUCAUGAUUGUGUUUAUCUCUUUUAUUGUAAUUUGAAAUGUUACUUCUACCCUUCCCAAGGGGCAAAAUCAUGGGAGCAUGGAGGUUUUAAUUGCCCUCAUAGAUAAGUAGAAGAGAGUCUAAUGCCAUCAAUAGAGGUGGUUAUGCUUUCUCAUAGCUCUGGAAAUAUGAUCAUUUAUUAUGCAGUUGAUCUUAGGAUAAGGAUGGGUUUCUUAGGAGGAGAGGUUACCAUGGUGAGUAUGGACCAGGCACACAUCAGGGGAAGAAAACAAUGGAUCAAGGGGCUGAGUUCAUUAGAGCCAUUUCCACUACACUUCUGUCUUGAUGCUCACUGUUCCUAAACUCACCCACUGAGCUCUGAAUUAGGUGCUGAGAGGAGACAUGCAGAAAUGAAAGGGGAAAGAAAGGAGAGAGAGCAGGACACAGGCUCUCUGCUGAGAGAAGUCCUAUUGCAGGUGUGACAGUGUUUGGGACUAUCACGGGUUUCCUUCAGACUUCUAAGUUUCUAAAUCAUUAUCAUGUCAUAUUUAUAUUUAAAAUUAUUUCAGAAAGACACCACAUUUUCAAUAAUAAAUCAGUUUGUCACAAUUAAUAAAAUAUUUUGUUUUGCUAAGAAGUAA